UGUCGUGGAUCUCGCACUUCCCUUCCCCUUCCCUUAGUUAGAAACCCCUACUACUCCUAGCUUUCUCUAUCUAUCUAUCUAUCUAUCUCUCUCUCUCUCUCUCUCUCUCUCACAACACAUUCGCCUCUGCGAGAUCUUCCUCGGGGUUUUUGAUUCUCCCCUCGACAAAGCGAUCACGAAAUGACGAGGGAGGCAGUGGCCGAGAUCAGUAGUGUGUCCCUCGAUCUUCUGAAGACCAAAAUGGCAGAAUUUGCCAAAGAAAGGAAUUGGGAUCGUUUCCACAGCCCAAGGAACCUGCUCUUGGCUAUGGUCGGGGAAGUGGGGGAGCUAUCGGAGAUAUUCCAAUGGAAAGGAGAGGUGCCAAAGGGGCUGCCCGGGUGGGAGGAAGAAGAAAAAGUUCAUCUUGGGGAGGAGCUCUCUGACGUGCUGCUCUAUCUUGUCAGGCUCUCUCACAUCUGCGGGAUUGAUUUGGGAAAAGCUGCUCUCCGCAAGCUUCAACUUAAUGCCAUCAAGUACCCUGCUCCUUCUGCUGCUGCUGCCAACAAUUACAGCAACACUAAUAAUGGUGCCACCAAUACUGAAAAGCUGGAGCAAAAAGCAACAUCGAUUCUGAAUUGAAUUCUAUUCAAGGACACAACAAAAAAGACAGAAGAGAAGCAGCCAAAAUACCAAAAAUAUGAAAGAAUAUCACUCAGUUUUGUGUGAUUGUCGAAAGUCCUACUACUACUUGAGGAGGGGGAAGAAAGCAAAUUAGCGAACACAUACAGUCAAGAAGUAGGAGGGAGGGUAAAGUAGUAACCUUUUACAUUGCAUGCUUAGCUUUUUAUUAUAUAUAAAGGUGAUUAGUGUCUUAUUAGUUAUUACUCCUAAUAAUGUAUAUUAUCAUGAUAAAAAUAAACUUACCAUUAGUGUUGAACUUGGACAUCUUCAAAGGAAUGGGUUUUCGCUUGUCUUUCCUAGUUUGGUGUUUUCUUUCUCGGUCUUUAUCAAAUUUAAUAGGGUAAAUGUCACUUUUGGUCACCGAUUUUACUAAAAUAUGUCACGUUUUAGUCAAAGGAAAAAUUUAAUAUCAAUGUUAGUCAC